UUUUGUUUUUUUUUUUUGCAGUUGAUGCAUCCAUAGAAAAAGAAACAUCCUUGUGUUUUCUGAGAACCUAUGUCUGUAGUGUCUGUAAUGGCAUUAAAAACAGAGUAGCUGUAUAGUGAUGGUGUGUAACUGACUUGGUGGUUUUUGUUGUGAAGUCUUUGGAAUAAUACUAAUACAAAUAUUUUUUUUUCCUUUGUGGUGCUUUAUGAAGUGGCUUAAAAACAUUUCAGAGGCUUAUGGUUCCAUUAGUUAUGGAAAUUUAUGGAAGCCUUCAUAUUCUGUUGCUUUAUGUUGCAUUGCUGGUGUGACUCGUGUGGUCACUUUGCACUGAGAUAAAGAAAGAGGAUAAUGAGAUGCUGCUAAAGCAGAGUGGAUACUUGUGGGCUCUGGUUUAAACUCAGUGGUGUAACAGUACAACUUUCCAACUACAGAGGAAUAUGUCUUCUAUCACAGCAUUCUAUCACAACAUUAAAAACACAGUUUUUAAUGUUCUUGGCUAUGGACUCCUUUGCCACUGAAACAGGGCAGAAAAAAAGUGGUUUAAUAAUGAUGGGAGAGGGAGUCUGUGGGGGUCUGUAUGCCUUCUGGAAUUGGGCAUGUUAUUACUAAUCAAAAAUACAUUUUUUUCAAUAGUGACAUAAAAAAAAAUGUGCACAGAGUUUCUACUCCUAACAUAUUUACAUGAAGGGUAUAUCCAGCCUAUGUGUGUAUUUGGAUUUACAAAAAAAAGUCCUCUAAGCAGUUCAAGAAAAUGAUGCUAUUACUGGCUUGCUGAGAGAGGAUUAAUUAGGAAAUGUCUUCCCUUAUCUGGAUUUCUAGAAGUUACAGUGGUUCACUUCCUUUUAGCAGAACAUUAUACAGAAUGACACUAGGCACUAUAUUAAAUAAUUAUGUUAUUACAUAUUUCUUCUCUGAGACUUGAUACUUUGGUUAAAUUUGAAGUUAUUUGCUAGAGGACUGUUCAGCUGUCAGAUGAAGGAAUCAGCUUGAAAUAACCUUAAUAUAGGGUAUGGUAUGUUUGAAUAAUGAAAAGCCAGGGAAAAUCUUGAAAUCUGGGGGACUCCAGGAAAAUCUUUUUUUGCAUAAAUACUAGCUUUACUCUGCAUACGUUUUAUUCCCAACCCCCCCUCUUUUCUCCAGUACUGAUACUCGAAAAGGUGGAAAAUGGAGAUCUGAGCAACAAGAUGUUGAAGAUCACGGAUUUCGGCUUGGCCAGGGAGUGGCAUAAAACUACCAAAAUGAGCGCAGCUGGGACAUAUGCCUGGAUGGCUCCUGAGGUCAUCCGCUCUUCCAUGUUCUCCAAAGGCAGCGAUGUUUGGAGUUAUGGUGUGCUGCUUUGGGAACUGCUGACAGGAGAAGUACCAUUCCGAGGAAUUGAUGGUCUUGCAGUAGCAUAUGGUGUUGCUAUGAAUAAGCUUGCCCUUCCAAUCCCUUCCACGUGUCCUGAGCCUUUUGCCAAACUCAUGGAAGAUUGCUGGAACCCUGACCCACACUCACGACCUUCCUUUGCCACUAUCCUAGACCAUCUUACUGCCAUAGAAGAGUCUGGUUUUUUUGAAAUGCCCAAAGAUUCCUUCCACUCCCUGCAGGAAGACUGGAAACAAGAGAUCCAAGAGAUGUUUGAUCAGCUUAGAGCCAAAGAAAAGGAGCUGCGCACAUGGGAAGAAGAGCUGUCUCGUGCUGCUGUUGAACAGAAGAACCAUGAGGAGCUGCUACGAAGGCGGGAACAGGAACUGGCAGAACGCGAGAUUGACAUUCUGGAAAGGGAGCUCAACAUCAUCAUCCACCAGCUGUGUCAGGAGAAGCCUCGGGUCAAGAAACGCAUGGGGAAGUUCAAGAGGAGCCGGCUCAAGUUAAAGGAUGGCAAUCAUAUCAGUUUGCCUUCAGAUUUCCAGCAUAAAUUCACUGUGCAGGCUUCUCCAACAAUGGACAAAAGGAAAAGCUUGAUCAGUAGCUGCUCCAGCCCUCCUGCAAGUCCUACCAUUAUUCCCAGACUCAGGGCCAUACAGUUGACACCUGCUGAAAGCAGUAAAACGUGGGGACGAAGCUCAGUCCUUCCAAAGGAGGAAGGAGAGGAAGAAGAGAAGAGAGGCCAGAAGAAAAAGGGACGCACUUGGGGACCAAGCUCACUUUGUCACAAGGAGCUAGGUGCAGGAGAAGAGGGUCUGAAAGCUCUGGUAGAAGGAUGCAAGCAGUGGUCAUCCAGUGCACCAAAUCUUGGGAAGAUCCAGAGAACUGCACCUGCUUUUCCAGGAUUCACCAGCUUAGCAGAGAUGGAUGAUGAGGACAGCGAAUGUUUUAAUGGAGAGGGCAAAGUGCACCCUUCACCUGUGCACAAUCAGUCAUACCUCUGCAUCCCAUUUCAGAAGAAUGAAGAAUGGGAUGGCCCUUCUAGUGAUGCCAAUGAGGAGUCCACCCCUGUAAACUCUGCUACCAGUACCCCACAGCUGACACCCACUAACAGCCUCAAACGUAGCAGCUCCCACCACAAACGAUGUGAGGUUGCAUUGCUUGGCUGUGGAGCAGUGCUGGCUGCUGCAGGCUUGGGUUUUGAUCUGUUAGAAGCAGGGAAGUGUCAGCUGCUGAUUGAGGAAGAGCCAGAGAUGCCCAAGGAAGAGAAGAAGAAGCGUGACAGCAUUUUUCAGCGAGCUGGCCGCCCACGCAGGAGCACUAGUCCACCUUCCCGGAAGAUCUUCAAGAAGGAUGAUCCCCUGUUGUUGCUAGGCGAGCCAUCCACAUCCCUCACCCUUCUUUCCCUGUCUUCUAUUUCCGAAUGUAAUUCCACCCGGUCCCUGCUGCGCUCGGACAGUGAUGAGAUUGUGGUUUAUGAGAUGCCUGUCAGCCCAGUGACAGUCAAGGCUCCCUUGCCAGCCAUUACAAACCCCCUGGUCAAUGUCCAGAUUGAGAGGUUCAAACAAGACCCCAACCAGUCCCUGACCCCCACACAUGUGACUGUCUCUUCCCACACCCAGCAAAGCGGACACAGGCGCACACCUUCUGAUGGAGCCAUCAAAGGGAGUGGACUGGUUGUCAAUGGGUGCCCAACCAGUGGAUGCCCUUCCAGUACCUGUUUAACUGGAGCACUGGGAGCAGGUGUGUUAAAAACACCUAGUCCAAGCAGAGAUCCCAGUGAGGUCCCUCGCCUGCCAGACCCCAAUCUUGUUUUUCCUCCAACCCCGAGACGAUGGAAUGCACAGCAGGAUCCCACACUGGAAAGACCCAAGACACUGGAGUUCCUACCCCGGCCACGUCCUGCAGCCAGUCGGCAGCGCCUUGAUCCCUGGUGGUUUGUGUCACCCAGCAAUGCCAAGGGUGAAUCUUCUGCCAACAGUUCAAGUACUGAUACUCCAAGCAAUCUGGACUCUUGUUUUGCUAGUAGCAGCAGCACUGUAGAAGAGAGACCUGGACUGCCUGCACUGCUUCCUUUCCAGGUGGGUCCUCCUGCAGAAGAGCGGACACUGUUGGACAUGGAUGCUGAGGGGCAGAGCCAGGACAGCACCAUUCCGCUAUGCAGAAGUGAACUUAACACACACAAAGCUGCAGCAUAUGAACUCAAGCAAGAAUACUGGUCUUAAUAUGAAACCACUGGGGGCAGUGAGCCCCUCUAAAUUCAAUCCUUUUUGCACUGAGAAUGCACUUUGAAAACAGAUGAAAUGGAGGGAUGCUACAGAGAUCAUAUGGUGCUGCCUCUGCUGAAGAUGUGUUGUCAGUUGCCUGAUUUCUUGUCUGCAUUUGGGUGAAACUUGGCAACUCUGAGCUGCUGACUUUUGCUGUGGGGUUUUCCUGUAGUCUUCCCUGCCCUCUUAUUGCAGUUUGAAUCUGCAAUGAGCUAAAAUUAUCAUAUCAAAGUCUUUUGUUACUGACCUUGUAGGAUUUGGCACUUGGCAGUAAGUAUAUUGGUAUCCUGGCUAUCCUGGUAUUAAUCAGUAUUUUCAAAUAAUAUUCAAAUAUUACACUACAGCAGACAUCAUUGUUUGAUGUUUUGCCAAGGAAUCCAGCACAGAAACAUAUACAUAUCUGGAGACUACCUUCUCUGAAAUGCAUUCAGAUUGUUAGACAGGCCUGGGAAUCAUCAUACCCCCACUGAAAUUGCAGAAGUAGCUAUCUUGUUUGUCCUCUUUUGCUCAUGCGAUAGUGCAAGGUGGAACAGACGGCAGGGGAAGGGCACGGUGUCUCCACUGGUGGAGGUCUUUGAGAGCAGGAGAACCAGACUGUUGGAAACAAGUAGGUGUAGUUGGUGCUGGCUUCAGGGUAGGUUGGAUGAAUUUCACUGAUCUCCUGAGGUCCAUCUCAGCCCUAUUUAUUUUAUGACCCUAUGCUUUCAAGAUGAAGGCUUAUAGUAUAGCUCUUUAGCUUGGGUAUUUUUUUUUCAGACUUACAUUCCAUCAGUCUCUUUUCUUCCUACCCUGUUUCUCAGGCUCAUAGUCAAGUUGCCUCAGCUUUGGGAAGAGAGUUAGCAGAAACUUUCUUUAAAGAUGUGUUGGCUUGCAGAAGGAAGUAAGUUAUGUGUUUCCAAAUCUUUUUCUUUCUAUUUUUUUUCUCCUUUCUUACGCCUUUCAGGAGUGACCCAUGAAACUCAAGACUGUUCUUAUGCACACUGGUACUUAUUUAAGGCUGUUUUGAAAAUGAGGCUUGUUAGUAGUUGGAUUGAGCAAACAGGAAUCAGAACAUCUGGAUUCUGUUUUGUUUUGUCACUGACUCACUGUGUGACCCUGGGCAAAUAAUGUAACCUCUGUGCCUGAAUUUCCCCAUCUGUAAAUAAUAGGAAUAAUACCUACCUCACAAGGGGAGGGGUUGGGACAUAUAUAAUAGGUAUAAAGUCCUUUGAGAUCUUUGAGUGAGAGGCACUAUAGAUAUGUAGAAUUUUAAUCAUGUUCAAAUACGUAAAACACUCCUAGAUCUGGAGCAAGAACAGACUCCUGUCUGGAAGGAGGAAGUCACACAAAUAGGGUGUGCCUAUGCUCAGAGUUUUCUGUAUAAAGACUUAAAAGUGUGUCUGUGCCACUGCAGGUAUAUUCUACUGGCUGUAAUGAGAGCUUCAAUCUUCCCCAGGUUUGGCAUUAUAUAUAAGGGUUGUGGCCUUUAUGUGAGUGUAAUAGGGUAGUCUGCUUUAUUGCAGGCUACAGCAUGUCUGUUCACUGUGUUUGUACAGAUCUAUGCUUGUUUUGCUAAUCUGCUGAUAUUUGGUUGCAAAUAAGUCAUUUGAUAGUGCUGCCAAUGCAGUACUCAGCCUGUUGGGGCAGCCCAGCCUUGCUGUGAAGGCAGUAGGGCCGAAUACUUCCUGCAGCUGUCAGCACAGUGAACUUGUGUGUUUAGAUGUUUGUAACCUGAUUUUACAAACCAGCAUGUUUGUGGAGGAACUGCAUGUAAGGCUUUUUAGUUCUGCGUGAGGACUGAAACCAGCAUGUUCCCAUUAACCAAGUGCACCUUUUUUUUCAAGCAAUUACAAUAUGUUUUGUUUUGAAAGGUCACAUAUUUCUCGUUUAUCCCAUUCUAUGGAAAAUGCUUAAUGGCAGAAUUACUUUCUGCUGCCCUCCCUAUUAAAUGCUCCAGAGCUAGCCUUAAUGGUGCUACACUAGAUGUUGAAGCUGGAGAGCCUGUUGACUCUUUAGACAAGGUAUUAUGAUAAGGCAAGAUGGGAUUCAGAUACAUGAAGAAAACAUUUCUGACUAUUUUGGCAUUAUUGGUUUCUUAAGCAUCCUUUUGCUUUCCAUUUCUGAAAACUCAGUUUGUGAACCAGACACUAUCAAAAAGGCAAAACUCAUCCAACAGAUUGCUAAUUUUGAUUGUGCUAUAAAUCAACUUUAAUGUAAUCUCACUAAGAGGCUGUGUCAGAGGGAUUUAAAGGAGGAGAUGAAAAGAAUUUAUUUUUCGUAGUUUUCCUUAUAAUUUUAAAAAGUCUGGAACAAAACUGGAUCAGCUGUUCUGAAAUGUUACAUUUUCUAUCCAAAAGGUAUAAUUAUAAAUGUCAUAGGGAGUAUCAUCUGCUCUAUUCCAGGUAUCAGCUGGAAUAGCUCCAUUUGAACAGAAAUCUUUCAAAUCCAUUUACUUACAUGAAAUGGGAGGACACCUUUCUAGGUCACACCAUAUAACUGAUAUAACUCAGCCUGCUAACUUUGUAAUAUCUGGCCAGUUGAUUUCACCAAGUGAACUUGUAAGGUUUCUGUCAAAUUCCCAGGAAAGACAAAUGUAAAGGCAAGUUGUUCAGUCACCUCUUUUACUUAGGAAAGUUGAGGAUGAAGAAUUAAACCCACUUGCCCCUCUCCCCCUUUUAUAAAAUCACUUGGUGAAGGUGGUGUGUAGCUGAACUUUGAGAAGUACUUUGCUCCAGGGAGUAUCUUCCCUAAUGCCAAGUAGACAUUGCUACAUCAAAAAACUUGUAGGACAGGUGACAAGAGUCAAGGAUCCAGGUCAGGGUUACCAAACUAGAUACUGUUAUUACAAAGCUGCCAGACAGACUAGUUAGAAGCAUAUUGGUUGGUAUGUGUUUGUUUUGUGUAUUUUAUUUUUUUUAACCUUUCUUCGAUGCAAUUAUCAUCAUUGAAUCUAGCAUGUGAAUUAACCUGAGGAAGUCUUUGAGCAUCCACCCAUAACUGUCUUCCAGAGGCCAACCUGAGGUAUCAGGCAAGAGGAGUCAGUUGUGGAAACAAGGCUCCUGGCUUCAGUAGGUGGUGGGAUAUUCUCUGGCAGGCAGAGAGAGGGCUCUCAAGAGUCAGGUAUUUUACCUUAUGCAUUCUAAAAGUUUUUGCAGCCAGUGUCCUAAGGCCCAGAAACUGUGUGCAUGUUUAAGCUGGGUCAAAACCUCUCUCUAUGUCCAUCUGUCCCAUCCUGGCUUGAAUUCUCUGCUUUCUUAAUCUGUUGGGGUUUUUUCUUCCCAGUUGUGGGAGCUGAGGUGCUCCAAAUCUCCAAAGUGGUUGACUCUAGUCCAGUAGACAGUGAGGAGUUAUGAGCCUGCCAGUUCAGAAAUCUUUUUUUUCCUACUGGUUGCUAGUAUUUCCAUUUGUCAGGGAAACAAAAAUGUCAGAAUAUUGGUCAUUGACCUACCUUUAUAGUAGUAUUCUUGAAGAAGAUGGUGAAAAUCUAAAAAAAACAAAAAAAAAAAUUUAAUAAAUAUAUUGUUUCAUAAAUGUCUGAAUAAGUUGCACUUUUGUCUGAGAAAAUGAGAAAAAAAACAUGAAAGUUACUGAGCGGUCUAAAACAAUGACAAAAGAAUGGAAAAAAUAGGUUUAAAUACAAGCCUUACAAACAGGAAGAGGCAGUUUUUAAACUGAAUAGUAAUAAUGAGAUUGUCGCUGAUAAAAAAGUUUGUGGUUUAGAAAUAUAUUUGUAUUUUUGUUUAGUCAGCUGGCAGUGUGUUUCACUAAUUUAUGUAAUUGAUGUGCUCACUUAGGAAAUAGAAAGAAGUCUGUCAGCCCUUCAAAGUAUGCUAUCCUUGUAGCCUGUUUAGUUUUACUGUAAUUGGAAUAUAAUAUAGGUAUUGGGGAAAAGGCAACCAGUGCAAAAAAGGACAAAAUUUUUUAUACAUUUCUACUGGUUUCAUAGAAAUUGAGUGUGGGACAAGUAGAGAGAAGAACGCUUUUGUGUCAAAACUAAGGUGAUUAGAUAGUUGCAGAUUCUUUCCUAAUACUGUUGCUUCUUACAGACUGCACAGUGGUCUGUUUUACCAGCAAGUAGGUCUUAAUCUUCUCUCAGUCAUUUUCAGAGGUACAAAUGUAACUUUUAAUACACAUUUCCCCUCCAGUUUAUUAUUGCAAUGGGUUGAUAUUCAGUAUGGGGCAGAGAACCUUGGUGAAAAUACUCUUUUUGUAGUAGUUUUCUAACAAAACGAGUAUUUUUAAAGUGAUUUUUUUGUUAUUGAUGGGGAAAGACCUGUUCUGGUUUGGCAUGGUUUUAUGAUGAAAUAUUUUUCUGUACCUCUAGGAAUGCCUCCCACUUCAUAGCAUGCUGUUAUCUUAAGACAUUGUGGAUAAUACUGCAUAGAGAUGUUACUUCGAUAUGUCACAAAACUGGAUACCUCUCAUUCUGUUGAAGGUGAGGCAGUAAUGGUCAAGUAAAGAAAGGUCUUUGCCUUUGGAGUGUUUUGUUAAAUAAAACAUGACGGGAAAUCCUCGACCUUGAGUCACCUUUCUAUCUUGAGAUUAAUUUUUAUUUGAAACCUAAUUAAUCUCUGUGGGAUUAAUAUGGAAUUGAACCUACUCCUACAUCCCAAAAUUCAGUGAUAGCCUGUUAUUUUUGCAAGUAAUUUUAAGCUAAUGUAAAUAGGUUUAUUUCUUUAUGUUUUUUUGAAAUGUUUUUCUUUGGAAAACAUUUUUCUUGAUUUCUAACCUUUUCCAUGUGUUUUGGAGAGACUCUCAAGAACUCUUACCACCUCUAUGGUGAAUAAGAAGGGUUAUAUCUUGCAGUGUGAUUUAAGUUCUCCUUUUGGCUUUUUUUUUUUUUUUUUUUUUUUUUUUUUUUUUUUUUUUUUUUUUUUUUUUUUUUUUUUUUUUGUAUGAAAAAGACAUUUACAUUUGGAAAGAUUUCUGAUCCUUACCCUGUUACUGAAGAACAGUUUGUAUGUUUAGAAACACAGAAAAACAGUUUCUAUGUUUAGCAACAUAGAAAAACAGCUUCCAUGUUUAGAACUCAUUUCAGACUACAAUUUGGGUAAAACUGGACAUUAAAAGUGAGGGGAUAGACGUGUUAAAACAUAUUUGCAAACAAGCAAUAAAUAUGGCAAAUACAAGGACCAAUGUAUACUGUCACAGAGCGUAACUUUCAGACUUCAUGAGUCUUUGGUUGAUGGUAUACUUAAGGUAUCUAUAGGAAAAAACACCUUCUUAAGUUUUUUCUUAAGUUUACUGUUUUAAUACUAGAAUACAGUGGUUUGCACAGCCAGUUAAUAUGGUAGCUAGCCAGACAGAAAGGAUCUUUAACCAAAUUUGCUUUUUUUUUCUCUCUUAUUUUCAAUCCAGUUUUUGGGUUAAAUUUUACUUUUUGUCUUUUUUUGGUGUUUAACCGUCAAUGCAGUCUUAAGAAGAACCUAUUGUUAUUAACCUCCCUUUCACAGUUUCAUGAGGCAUUAUGGACAUGAAUCUGUGGGUUAUUCUGGUGCACCCCCUAUUGAAUGCAUUAGUAGCAAGUCAUGCUGCACUUAAAAUGUGCAUUUGCUUUUAGUUUUUCCCAUGCUUGGCUUUUUUUAACAGUUUUGCCACUGGUCAGAGAUGAACACAACUUCUGAAAUUACCUACAUAAACUUUUUUUUUACAUGACAAUAGUGACAGUAGUCACUCUCAGGCUAGGAGGUAUGUGCUUGAUUAACAAGUAACUUGCCACUGGUUACUGGGUAGUGGGUCUGAUGUAGAUACUGGAAUUAUUAUUGUUCCUUUUUAACAAGGACCUUCCAUUAUUUGCAACUGGAAACUCUUCAGCACUUCCUCAAUGUUUGUAUACAAGAAAUAUAUUUUAGCUCCUUUUGUACAUGAGUGAGAAAUCUUCCUUUUUCUAAUCAGGAACAUAAUUUUCCUACUGUGAAUGGCUUCUUGAGCUCUGUGGUUUUGUUUGUUAAUUUUCUGUUUGGGGAUAUUGUUUAUUUUGGGUUUGGUUUUUAAACCUCUCAAAUAUAUAUAUAUAUAUAUAUGUUUGUGUGUGUUAAGUGCAUCCUGUAUGCCGAGGUGCCUUCCAUCUCACAUAUCUCCUUGCUGGGGCCUGAGGUUGGUUUUUUGGAGGUACCUCCUAGUUGUAGCUUUCAGUACUUUCAGGCCAGAUACUAUCACUGGAAACAUUUUAUACCCUACCAUUUACACUCCUGUGUUGAGCCACACACUAUCACUGCCUCUCCCUAUUUCUCCAUUAGGGUUUUGGCUCCCUCCCAUCUUUGUUGUUUAUUUAUUCUUGUUGCCAUAGUAACAAGUAUAAGGCAGAAAACCAUACACAUUUCAGAUGUGCUUUGACCCAAAAGAUUUCCAUACUAAAAGCAUCAGAUACAAUUGGGUGAAGUGGAAGUGGAGGUUGGCAGGAAAUAACACAGUAAAUAACACAGGGAUACUGGCUACUUGGUACACUGUUGGCAUCGCUGUUAAGUUGGAUCCUAAAGAAGAAUUUGAGGAAUGUACAGUUACUUAAUUUGAUAGAAUGAUUUGGGUUGGAAGGGAACCUUAAAGGUCAUCUAGUUCCAAUCCCCCUGCUAUGGGCAGGGACACUUUCCACUAGAUUAGGUUACUUAAAGCCCCAUCCAACUUACCCAGUGUCUGGUUGGUUUGUUUUGUUUUAUCCUGAACUACCUCAUUUGUAGAGAUAGAACAGGCAGAAAGUCUAAGUUUUGGUAAGAAUUGCUCUAAGUGUGCAGUUAAGGUUGGAAUGAGAUGGGAAGGCAGAGGCAAACUUGUAUUUGGCUCUUUGACAUACAAAUUCCUGAUGGAAAAGUAAAACCAGCUAUUCAGUUGAUUAAGUUAAGAUUAUACUUGCUUUAGAUAUUUAUGUCUCCAAAAUAAACAAUGAAGACAAAGUGGGGCAUUUUUCAUGAUAGUUUCUAUUUUGUGGAAUAGUUGAUUGUCCAGAGACAAAAAGAGAUUUCAUAUUGGCCACUACUGCUUUUAGAAGUGAUAGGUUUUUUUUUUCAAAACAGAUUUUAUCUUUAAUAACUUAAUGUGCUCUUAAAGUGGAGCUGUACAUGAUCCUGAUAGUUUUCCUGUAUUUGCAGUAUUGUUUUCCUAGUGUAUCAGCUCCUAAUACAGUCCUUACUGUAUCUGAAUGCUAAUAAUGUGCAGGCAGCCCAAUAGAACUAAUAUUAAGGAACUGUGACAUAUUUUUAGUGUGCAGUGGAUUUAUUAACCCAGCUUUAAAUGGGUUACUGUUAGGCCUGUUGCUGAUGGAUCAGAUGGAUGCACGGCUAGAAAAAGGGAACUUAUAACAAAUCUGCAGGAGCAAUGCCAAUGUUGUAUUUGCUUAAAAUAAGCAAUUUGAAAAAUAAGCAUGGAGGGAGGCAGGGGGAAGGCCAUUCAUUAAUCAGAAAUACAUCUAUAUGUCCAUGCUCAAACUUUAGUUGCCAGGAUAGCUAGUGAGAAUCUACAUUGUGUUCAAUGUGGCUGAAACCUCAACAUUAAGACAAGAAUAAUUUAUUUUAUAUAUGCUAUUUCAGACUGAUUAACACUAUCUCCCAUUCUACCUUGAUUGUUUCAAUUCAGCUUUUUCUCCAAAACAGAUGUUGAGGUUGGAUAAAACUGGCCUUUUUGUCUUGGGGAGGCAUAUAGGUCUGAGAAAGAAGAAACAUGGCUUUAGCAAUGUCCUGAUCUUUUGUGUUUUGUGAUCUUGUCUGGGGAGGUUAUAAUGGUGCAGGUGGACAUGCUGGUGUUGUUUCAAGCUUCAUUAAUAAGAAUGCCACUAGCAGCAAUUAAGUUACAGAAUAAACCUGGCCUCUUAUUACUGUUUCGGAUAGCUAAGUUGCACACUGAGCUUUCUGAGUCUAACUAUAUCUGGAGGUGAACAGAACUUUUUCCUUAAAUUCUGCUGGAAUUUGUGAAUGUGGCCACUUCUCAACUUGGGCAAUUUGUUUUCUCCCAGGCCCAGUCAAUGUCACAAAAUCGGUUGUCACCCUCAACUUAUUGCCCAGAUACUCAUAGGAGGUUUGUUCUUUUGUCUUGCAUGCUUUAGUGAGCAGCUCUUACAAUGUCAAUGGGGUUAGCAUUUGUAUCUGAGCAGAGCAGCUAAUAUCUCUGAGCUGACUUUUCACACUGCAUCUCAAGCUCCAUCAGUUCUGCCAUUGCUCUAUUUUCAAGGUUAUCUUGACAACUGUAAUAUCCAGCCUAUAAAGAAUACAGCCACGGGGAGGAAAAAAAAUAGGUAAAAUAGAAAGCAUACGUAGGAGUGUUUGCCAGUUGAACUGGUUGAAUUUGGUCAGUGCUCUUGGCAGAGAGUAGGAUCCAUUCUUUUGCAACAUAGAUCUCUUUGGGGGAUGGCUUGGUUUGAGCUGCAGAUUUUACCUAGAUUCAUGUAAAAUUCUCAGACAUUGGUGCUCGUCAUGUUUGGCAAUUAUAAGACGAUACCACAUAAACCCAAGAGCAUCUAGUAAAAACAGCUUGUAUUUAAGGUAAUUAACUUUCAAGUUAAAAGGGAAGAGGCAUCAAUUCAGAAAGCUCUUCAUCACAUUCUUAAAUAUCACUGAAAUAAGUGGAAUGUAUUUGUGGGUCAAAAUGCACAUGACCCCAGCUGAGCAAAGGUCUUUUAUUCUGAAUUGGGGGAUUGUUGUGUAGAGACUGAGGGUGAAGGAUCAGGUCCUUACCUUGAUUGUCAGACUAAGAAGUUAGUUAAACUGAGGAAAAAGUUCCUCAACAAGUCCUUGGGUUUGAUUGCUGACUCUUGUGGCCUUUCCAUGGCUGCACAUGCCAUGUGUAUUUGACUGCUACUUCUAACCAUAAGCAGGGUAACUUUGAGAAUGUUUUCUGACAUGGGGUGAAGAACUUCUGCAUUAGCAGAUUGCUAGCUGUAAAGGGGCAGUAAGUGGUGAUUGGAGGCUGUGUGUGCAAAUGGCAGUUUAACCUGAGGUCUAUUCUCAAGUGUUUCUUCUCAUUUUACAAAUGCAUCCCUCAAAGCUGGUGGACAGACCUGACAAGUUCAGCAGUGAACAACAUCCACCACUUUUACUAGAGUUCUAGGAUUCUGUCUGUCAGCUGUCAGCACAGCACACUGUGCUGCUGUAUUUAAUUUCUUUGUCAUAAAUUCAGAACAAGCUGGAAAUAUCUAUGAUAUUUUGCCUGACUUAUGUUGAGAGAUUUAUAUGGAGUGAGCAGCCAACAGUGGUGGAAAAAUCAGGGAAAAUACCUGUGCUUUUAACAAUGUCUCUCCUGUGGCUUUGAAAGUCCAAGAAUUUCUCAGCCAGAGAAUGUAUUUCCUCCUUCUUUUUAUAAGCUACUUCUUUCUUUUGCCUUAUUAAUUGUGGAUCUGUUCCUGCUUCUAUUUCUAGCCAGAUGCAAAAAUUGGUGACCUGACUUUCCUAGGUGCAGUGUUGUAAAUCUGAAUAACCAGGUGAGUAGAUUUCUCUAGUGUAAGAUCAUGCCCUCAUGUCUGAUGCUUUGAGAUAUGGAAUAGUUCCUGCUUGUGUUGAAAUCACUUUGUGAAGGGUGUUGGGUACUUCAUAAGGAACUCCAAACUCUGUAGGACUGGGAUUCAUCUUCCAGCUCAAGUAUUUCAGUCUGGUUUUGGAGACCUCUGUAUGUCUUCCAUUUAUGGUGUUCAAAAGUCUGUUGCUAUGGAAGUAGCACCUGAAGGUAUGUUUUGCCUGAAGAACCUGCAAUGAAGAAGUUACAUUACCAAAUGGCAAUGUACCCCAGAAUUGAAUAAAAUAACAGAGGCCACCAAGUUUUUCUUGUUUGUGUGAUGAAAUGUUGUCAAAUUAAGUGAUUUGUUGGAGCCUUCCUUUAACUUCUGUACAGCAGUAAGCUUAGAGGAAAAGAAAAUUGCAUUAUUUUUAAAAAAGCUUUAUUUGUGACCCGGGCUUGUUGCCUCUGACCCUCUUGGGCUUAAAUGGUUAAAUUAUAUUAAUGUCCAGUUUGUUUCACUGUAGGUAACACAUCAACUGAAUACUCUUGUGCAUAAUCUACUGUAUCUUUCCUCUGUUCUGUGUCAAUGUAUUAUGUGUAUUUGGAUUACAGUUCUUUUUGCAUUAAAUUAUUUUAUGUUAUAGAACAAUAUUUAAGUGAAGCAAAGAGCUAAUGGAAGUUGUUGACGUUUUGGGAUUUCUUUUCUCUUUGCUCUUUUUUUGGAUGUACUGUAAAUUGUAAACCAAGGAUGCCAAGCAGGCUUGGUUCAAUGGCUAAAAUUAUUGUAUUACAGUGUAAUGCUGAUCUAGGCCUUGUCUCAACACUAGAGCACACAGACUUGAAUAAAACUGUUAUAAAAGCAA